GUCAUUUAAAACAUUUAGUGAGGAACCAACCACAAUGAACACAUCUUACGGCAAUGGCUACUCCAUAGUAAUUAUCUUCGUUAUCUUCGCUCUUACGGCUCUAGCCGUAGGUGUCAGUUUUGAAGAGCAAAAGUUGCACAGCAGUAGUUUACUCUCCAGAAGUAAACGACAGCUGUUGUUUCCUGCACCGACAGUGCUUCAAUUCAACAUGGGCAUUGGCACACCGACGCCUAUAAAGACUAUUCAGGUGAACUGGGCAUUCCAAGCCAACUUUGUAUUACCUGACAAUAGGAGUCAAAUUCCUGUGGACAUUUUCUACGCAAACUCUGGCUACGAAGGAGAAUCUAGAAGAGAAGAGAGAGGGAUAGAAGAUAGUAGAAGAGAGAUAGAUGAUCAUUUGUAUGGCAGUAACGCAAAAUUGUAUCACUUUUAUAAGUACGUGGAAGAUAUUUUGGACAGCAUGGGCGACGACGGUCGCGCCUGCAUGCUGCAGCUGCUGUGUCGCCUGGGGGCCGAGCCGCUGCACGCUCGUGAUGAAGAGGAUCUGCUGCACGAGCUGGCUGCCUUUGUGUUCAAUCCAAACCACGACAUAGACGGUAACGAGAGUCUACAAGAUGCAGAAGCGAAGCCGUACAUUGAGGCAUACAACCAUGGGAAGGAGCUAAGGAACUGCCAACAAAUCUACCGCCACUGCAGAAAAUCUCUUAUUGAUUUAAUUAGUGAACCGUAUGAGAACGAAGUCAGUUAUAGUGACGAGUGACUAUUACGUAUAGCCAUCACGUAUUGACUUACCUAAUAGCCUAGGUUAAGAAAAUGACACUAGCAUUUUAUUUUUGUGACAAAUUUAUUAGGAAUUUGUUGAUAUUCUUUUUAUAUUUUGUGUGUUUUACAUACAAACCGAAUAGCUAUAAAGCGAAUAAACUCAAAAUCAAA